AUCCCCUUGACCGCGUCGAGCAUCGACCGCCGCAAGCGCAGAGGGCAACCACCGCGCACACGCGCGCGUGUGUGUGUGCUCUUAGAGUGGCAAACGAUGGCAGGCUCGUCGGAGCGCCAUGCCAUGCCAGGCUCCUUGGCACUCGGGGGCGACCACAUUCAUGUGCCCGGCCAGAAUGACCGCAAUGGCGCGACAUCACCGCGGCUCAUCGGCGCCAUUGGCGGCCACAGGUCCGCCAGCGCCAGCACUCCCAAGAUCGGCAAUGGCACGGCAAGCGGUCAUACUAGCGCAUCCAGCAACAGCAUCAGCACGCUUCUCGGCGACGGCGGCAGCAGCAGCUCAAACAGCGACACUUCCACUUCGAGCCCAACCAAGCCGAUGAUGUCCUCGCCGAUCUCUGUACACGCGCAGGUCGUCCCUCCAUCGAGCUCAUCCGAUACGUCCAGCUCGCAUACAGCCCCCAGCGGCGGAAACGUCUGGAGCCUCCCUGGCGGGGCAAGUCGUUUCUUGCAGUCCGGCUCCGGAUCAGCCAAGCUAGACAGCUCCUCAUCCGACGCGCUCUCGUUCUUCAUAACCCACAACCAGCAGAUGAGCAGCUCCUCCAACGACGCCGACAACAGCUUCAACAACACACAUGGCGACUUCUAUCCCGGAGGGAGCGAAGCCGAGGAUGGCGACACGCACGCCCAGGCGGACAGGUCAUCGCAUCCGUAUCAAAGCGGGGGGCAGGGCAGCCAGGAGCGCCAGGGCGCGACGGGCGCCGGUGCUGGGACGGCGGAUACAUCGGGCACGAUGUUGUCCACCUCUGGCGGCACGCUGCAUGCGCGGGGAGCAGAGAGAGAUACAGGCGCAACUGUGAGUCCGGCACUCAACGGAAGCUCCGGCGGCUCCGGAACGCCGCACCUGUCGGAAUACGGCACGCCGCGCCUAUACCUCGACGCGACAGGUGACUCAAACUCGCCAGGGACCAGCGGCCAUGCUUCGCAGCAGCAGGGCAGCGCCGGCGGGAACAGCGAUGCGCUGCGCGGAAGCGGAAAUGCCUCCGCCGAGGACGCCAACGUGACGCCUCUCGCGCGGCCCCAUGCGCUCAACGGCACUGCUGGCAGUUCGCAUGGAGCCGGCCAGCAGCAGCCCGGUCACGUCGACCGCCUUGCCAUCAUCCGGGAGAAGAAUGCGUCGCGCGCAGCUGCAGCGGCUGCGAACAACCCGCAGCAGCAUGCUGCCGACGCCGACGGCAAUACCCCCAUACGCGAGGUCGCCAACCUACCCGCCGUGUCCAAGAGCCCCCAGCGCGUGGAUAGUGCAGGCGGCACAUCGUCAGACGGCGAGCACGCGCAGCAUCACGCGCAUGCAAACAGUUACCAGCAGCAGUCCAAUCUUAGCACGAUCACAUCGCCGCUUGUUCUCACGGGGAUCAAUGGAUGGGGCAUCGGCGGCAGCUCAGAAAGAGGCGGCGCAGCAAGCGCGCAAGGCUACGGCAGGUCCGGCACGCCGCUGCUUUCGCUCCCCGGCCCCGUCUUCGACACCUCGAACGCUGGCAUCGGAGGUGCUGCUGGCGCAGUCGCAGCAGGCGCCAGCCGCUUUGGCAGCCUCGCCGGCGGCCUCCUGUCGCCUUCCACCGCGACUGUCGGCUUCGGCGCCGGUCCAGGCGGACAGCCCAGCGCGGCGUUUUCACCCAUUGCCAGUCCGACGGCCAUGCAGCAGGCCGGCGGCUCCUUUUCACAAGCGUUCGGAGGCCCGCCAGGGCACGGCCAGCAACAGCACUCGCAUUCACAUCCGCAUGCUCUUGCGCAUCCCCACUCCUACCCGCACUCCCAUGCGCAUCCGAUAGCCGGCACAGCCACAGGUCCGCACUCGUCUCUCUACACACCGCAGCCGCAGCCGCAUGCGGGCGGCGCGCUACUCGUGCCGUCCGAGUAUGACAGCCCGCUGGACCUGCGGCUGAAGCAGUCGCCGCUGAUCAUUGAGCUCGUCGAUCGCCUCGUGCGCCUCGAGAUCGGGCUCAAGGACCUGCAGCGCCAGGUAGGCGGCAUCUCGCGCAGCGUCAACUACCUGCAGGAUCGUGCACGUGCGUCGGGCGGCGUUGCCGGGGCUGCCGCGGUCGGUGCCUCUGGUGCCGGUGGCAUUGGUGGCCCGGGCGGAGUCUAUACGAGAGCGCAGAGCCCGCAAAUCGGAGGCUAUGCUGCGCGCACGCUCGACGGCCUUCCUGCUGCCUCGACCGACGAGAUCCGGAAUCUGAGCGCGCAGCUAAGCUCGCUGAGCACCAGUGUCGCGCAGCUCUUCCAGUCCCAGCAGCAGCUCCAGGGCGGCCUACCGCUGCCACAGCAUGCGACGUCCCCAUUGAUCCCAAGCGGCGCAUCGGCCUUUGGCGGCUCGCAACAGCAACGUCUUGCUGCCAGCAUCGACCCCAGCAGCCGCCUCAGCCCGCGGCCUUUCCAAGGUCCCGCGCCAGGCAACCGCUUGAGCUGGGGCGCUAGCGCAGAAAUUGGCAGCGGCGGCUCCAGCGGGCCUGGUGGCGUUAGCAGCGGCGGUGUGGGCGGCAGGAAAGCAGGCGGAUCCAGUCGCAGGGACAGCAGCAGCAUCGGGGCAGGUGGAAGCGGGUAUGGAGAUGAUGCGCGCUCUGCCUCCUUCUCGCAGAGCGCAGCGGGCAUCAACGGCGCGGCCGGUAGCGAAGCGAACUUUGUCAUCACCAAAUGGGAUCACCUCAACUUGCACCCGGACCUCCUUCGAUCCGUUCUCAAGUACGGCCUGGGGCCGCCCAACAAGAUCCAGCAACGCGCCUUGCCCUUCCUCCUCCGCGGCAACGACAUCAUCGCACAAGCGCCCCCGACGCAGGAGCGCAUCGCAAGCUACGUCAUCCCGGCGCUGCAGCACGUGCUCAGUGCGCUGCGCGAGCCCGGCAUCCCGAGUAAUGCGCGCGGCCCCAUCGUGCUCAUGAUCAGCACGACCGUCGACCAGGCGACGCAGGCGCAGCGCAUGGCGCUCGGACUUGGCUCGCCCAUCGGCCUGCGCGUGCACAUCGCCGCCGCUGCCGGGAUCGACAUCGCUUCCGAGCUGCAGACCAUGGCACAAAUCAACCCGCACAUUGUCAUCGGCACACCACAGAAAAUGAGCGAGCUCUUCACGCAGCUCGUCGCGCGCAACGCUCUGCCGGCCAACGACGUGCGACUCGUCGUGCUCGACGAGGUUGACCAGCUCAUCGCGCGCAAUCUCUCUGAUCACGUCUCGAGUCUACUUCGCGUGCUUCCUAUGCCGCGCGCAACGCCAGGGGCCAAGGGCAGCCUGAUAAGCCCCGCUGCUUCCUCGUCGGCAAAGAAUGGGUGGGACAGCAUCAGCGUCUCUUCGCCCGGCGGAGCAUCCGCCGCCGCUGGAGGAACCGCCACGAUGGACCGCCAGACGGCCAUCUUCUCUAACACUGUUCCACAAGAUGUGCUCAAUUUCGCACAGUCGAUCCAUCUGCGCGAGUCCGUCCGCGUGCUCGUGCGGCGUGAGAACUCGAACAUGAUCGGCGGCGGUGGUGGUGGUGGCGGAGGGCUGGGUGGGGGCAGCGGCAUGGGUGGAGGCGGUAGCGGCGCUGGUGGCGGCUCAGGGUUAGGUGGAGGCCCCGCGUCGAGCAUUGGCAAUGGGACUUUCGGCGCAGGUUCGACUGCAGGACCUUAUGGCUCGCAGUCGAUGGGGGGCUUUGGCGGGAGCAGGGUGCAGGCUGCGCCGUCCGGCGCCAUGCCGCCCUCCAACGCGCUCGGCUCUACGCCCAUGGUCAACAUUAGCGCCAACCCGCUCGCCGACCCAAUGCUCUCCGCCCUUCGCGGUCUGCGCCAGUACUACCUAUACGUCGCAGUCAGCGGCAACAACAAUGCCACCGCGAUGGGCGGGACAAGCUCGGCGCUUGAGAUGAAGCUGGACGUCAUUACAGACCUGCUGGAGGACAUGGACUUUGGGCAGGCAGUCAUCUACACCGCUGCCCCAGGUACGACGGAGGCUGUCACGUACAAGCUGUCUAGUAAGGGUAUCGAAUCGCUUGCCGUGCACAAAGACAUGGCAUCCGCCACGCGUGCGCGCAUACUGCAAAAGUUCCGUGCGCCUGGCUCGGCAUUUGUAUCGCAUGGUAACCCAUUGACACCCGCACGCAAGGCGCUGGUCAUCAACGACACGGCGCUGAGCCCGAAGGAAGUCCAUCAGGUUCCGCUCGUCGUGUUCUACGACCUUCCGCGCUCCGUGGAAGAGUACAAGGAAAAGUGAGGCGCCUCUGCUUCAGGCUGCGUCCUUUAGAGUGAAGCACUGGACUCACUGACCCCGCCACUUGCAUUAUUUUCGACACAGACUGGCAUGCGCAUCUUCGAACGGCCUCAGUCGGCCUGGCGUGUGCGUGAACGUCGUCACUGCUUCUGGCGGGCCCAA